AUGCGUGCUGCGCGGACGACCCUUGCGAGUUGUGCACAGACCUGCCAAGCUCUCCACGAACUGGCGAUAAAGUACCUCUGGCAAGAACAAGAUCUGAUUGGUAUCUGCAAGGCAGUUCUUCCGACUCUCGCUGUUGGACGUGUCAAGUGGCCGGGGCAGAUUGAAGUGCAAGGGGUUGAGGAGGCCGAUUCAGAUGAUGACGCAAGUGACGAUGGCAACAUAUACUCUGCCCGCGUUUACUAUUAUCAUCCGGGUCCCAUCUCCGCGAAGGAUUGGUCACGCUUCGCGCACUAUGCGAAGUUCGUCCGCAUCCUCAAGCACCCAGAACAUCACGCAGUGGAUUCUUCCGUGUUCAUCUUCCUCCAGCAGCAUGCGUGUGGCAAGCCGCUGUUUCCCGAGCUGCGUGAGCUCGUAUGGGAGCAUGCUACGCCCGAGCUCUUGUCGGUCAUUUCACCGUCCAUCCGCAUUCUUAGCCUCCCGGGUAGCCCUGAGGAGGAGGAGGAUGCGUCGUUGCAACGAAAGUUCGCGUGUGACAUGCGGCGACACGCUUUCAAACAACUCAUCCCCGACGUGGUCCAGGGUCUGCCGGACCUUGAAGAGGUCGUGUUGCGGUCGUUCGGACACAAGUCCUUCUGGUUCCCGUUCACGUCGACACCUAAUAGUGGUUUCGUCAACCAGAACAUUCGUAUUCUCCACAUGUCCGAGUCGUCUCGCACCCUGAUGAAAGCCGCCCUCGCUGCUGUCUCGACCAUUCAGAACCUCUCUGAACUCGCUAUCGACGUACUCAGGACCGACAUCGACACGGAACCGGCUAGACUGCCCACUUCUUCUAUCUCCCCGUUCAUCAAACUUGUGCAGCUGUCAGUCAAAGGGCCCACGACUGCGGUAGCAGCCCUCGUCAACGUGAUUGACGCGCCAUGUAUGCGCGAUUUGGACCUGGGAUGUUUCGAUGUCCAUACCGUGUCGCGGGACAUCUUGACAGCCGCGUUGUCCUCACUCUUUGACCGGCUGCAUCGUCGCAACGCGACGACCCUGCGGAAGCUUAAAUUGUUCUUCAAAGAUGGUCUAUCUGUGUUCCCUUCUGGGACAUCUGCGGACGCGCCUUUCCCGCCUUUAGGACGUCCAUUGCUCGAGCUUCGUCAUCUCGAGGACAUCGCAAUCCAACAGUUCACGCCACGUGGGCUUACCAUGAUCAGUACUCCUGCCCUGGUGGCAGCUUGGCCCGCUGUACGGACCCUCAGCUUGACCGGGGGACGGGCCUCGCCUAAUUUCCUGCAUAUCAUCGCUCGCGACUGCCCUCAACUCGAGAGUCUGAGCAUAACGGGUUUGUCGAUGGAUUUCGUCGAACUCCUCUCAUCGGCUCGAGUCGACAUCCCAGGGACUGGCGUACAACAACCACCCCGACUUCGGCAGCUAUGCACCAUGUCAUCGGUCAUGCGGCUUGGCCCCACGGAGGUCAGCAGAGUUGCCCACUUCAUUAUCUCUCUAUUUCCACAUCUAGAUCUGGACCGUUGCUCUGUGGGCUAUCUGCCCCUUUCUUCCAGUUUCGGAGACGCAGACAUUUCCUUAGACAUCUUCGAUGGCACCUCAAAGCCCUAA